AUGCUCAAAGAUAAUCUAAACAUUUGUCAGGUUGACAACAAUUGCUACACUGUCACAAACCAUUUAAUUGAGAACCAGGUGGACAUCGAUACUCUAGGGUAA